CAUGAUUCUGGAUUAACUCUUGCUGCUGCCAAAAAGGGCCAAGAAUCCGGUGACCUGUUGGAAGCUAGGGGGUUAAUCUCUCCAUCACCACCAAACCCUCCUAGUGAGCAUGGGAGGUCUGUUCAUCUAGCAGUUGAUCUGUAUCACAGCAUCACCUCUGAGAUAUAGGACAGUGUAAGAACCUAAAAAUAGCCACACACACAAAAAAAAAGCAACCUUGAAGUCAUCAGCAGGAUGAACGAGGCAAGGGAAAAAAUCAGUAAGCCUUGUUUCCUCUACAGUCUGUGGACCUGUUACACGCUUGUGCGGAAUUAAAUGCAAAAGCUCAGAGUCUGCUUCUUCAGCAUGUGAGGAGGAAAUAUUAGGUCUACAUUCUGCUAUAGAGCAGGGCGCCACCUGCCUUUUAAUCCAUAUUAUUCUCUGCAGGAGAGAGAUAUAGAGGCAGAGAAAGGGAAUAAAAAUGAGAAUUACUGGAUGCAACCUGCAUGCACGGGAGGUGAUGCUGCCAGGACCAUGUCACUAUUACCAAGUGACCAGGUUCAAGUCCUGAUACUAUCAUCUGCUUAUUUUAUGGAUGCUCAUCAAGGACUUUCUAAUCCCUUUCGCGUGACUGCUCCUGUUCUCCAUUCUGCAAGGUUCCUCUAGGAUCUCUACUUCACGCAGCUGGGAAAUAGCGGAUCCCAAAUAUUGAGACUUCUACAUCAGCACUGGGGCUGCCUGGGAGAGACCAAAAGACUUUCAGCUACAAUCAUCUCUGCUACAUCUCUCAGAUCUGGGUACCAUUUCCAGCAGCAUAUAGGGGGGUAAAGAUCCUGCUUGGAUUUGAUGAAAUCAGCAUGGCAAGUACUGUGUAGACCCCGGACAGAAGCAUAUUGAGCACCGGAGGUGUGGCACUUCUGCCUUCCACUUUUCUCUUGCUGAUUUCUCUCCCUGAUUACUUCUGGCUGUUUUUUCCCCCUUUUGACAAAGAGAGGAAUAAAAGCAGGCAUCUGAAGGGUUUUCUGCAAGUGAUGCCUGCCCUACACUUAAGAUGGUCUUGAUUUGAAAUCAAGCUGGUUUUAAACUUACUUGAGCGACCCACCGGACCUGGCGCCAUCAUGGCUUCCGGGGUCGCAGCAUGGCUGCCCUUUGCAAGGGCAGCUGCCAUUGGAUGGAUGCCAGUGGCCAACUGCCCCAUGCCUUUGGCACCAGCUGAUAAAAACAAACGACAGGAUGAGCUGAUGAUACUCAAUGUCAGUGGGCGAAGAUUCCAAACUUGGCGAACUACCCUGGAGAGGUACCCUGACACCCUACUUGGAAGCACAGAGAAGGACUUUUUCUUCAAUGAGGAGACUAAGGAAUACUUUUUUGAUCGUGAUCCUGAAGUCUUCAGAUCUAUUCUAAACUUUUAUAGAACUGGUAAGCUGCACUACCCUAGGUAUGAGUGCAUCUCUGCCUAUGAUGAAGAACUGGCUUUCUAUGGCAUAUUGCCUGAAAUAAUAGGUGACUGCUGCUAUGAAGAAUAUAAAGACAGGAAAAGAGAAAAUGUGGAAAGGCUGAUGGAUGAUAAUGAAUUUGAGAAUAGGCAAGAAGCCAUGCCCUCCCUUUCAUUACGCCAGACUAUGUGGCGAGCCUUUGAAAACCCUCACACCAGCACUUUAGCCUUAGUCUUCUACUAUGUGACUGGCUUCUUUAUCGCAGUGUCCGUGAUCACCAAUGUGGUGGAGACUGUUCCCUGUGGAACUGUGCCUGGAAAUAAAGAGCUUCCAUGUGGUGAAAGGUUUGCUGUAGCCUUCUUUUGCCUGGACACAGCCUGUGUCAUGAUUUUCACAGUUGAGUACCUCUUGAGACUUUUUGCAGCCCCAAGUCGUUACAGAUUCAUGAGAAGCGUCAUGAGUAUCAUCGAUGUGGUAGCCAUCAUGCCAUACUACAUAGGUCUGGUGAUGACAAACAAUGAGGAUGUGAGUGGCGCCUUUGUCACCUUGCGGGUUUUCCGGGUCUUCAGGAUUUUCAAGUUCUCGCGCCACUCCCAGGGUUUACGGAUCCUUGGGUACACUCUGAAGAGCUGUGCCUCGGAACUGGGAUUCCUUCUGUUCUCCCUAACAAUGGCAAUCAUUAUAUUUGCCACUGUGAUGUUUUAUGCUGAAAAAGGGUCCUCAUCUAGCAAGUUUACUAGCAUCCCUGCUUCGUUUUGGUAUACCAUUGUUACCAUGACAACUCUGGGGUAUGGGGAUAUGGUUCCAAAGACUAUAGCUGGGAAAAUCUUUGGAUCCAUUUGCUCGCUGAGUGGGGUCCUUGUGAUUGCACUGCCAGUCCCUGUCAUCGUGUCAAACUUCAGCCGGAUUUACCACCAGAAUCAGCGGACUGACAAGAGGAGAGCACAAAAGAAAGCCAGACUUGCAAGAAUAAAGGUAGCCAAGACGGGAACUUCAACUGCCUACCUGCACAGUAAAAGGAAUGGCUUACUUAAUGAGGCACUGGAGCUAGCGGGCUCCACUGAGGAAGAGCCACACAUUGGAAAAUCAUCACUGAUAGAAAGCCAACACCACCACCUGCUGCACUGUUUGGAAAAGACAACUGGAUUGUCCUAUCUUGUGGAUGAUCCCCUGUUAUCUGUACGAACAUCCACUAUCAAGAACCAUGAGUUCAUGGAUGAACAGAUGUUCGAACAGAACUGUAGAGAGAGUCCCAUGCAGAACUACCCAUCCAGCCGCAGCCCAUCGCUGUCCAGUCACCAUGGGAUCUCCACAUCUUGCUGCUCUCGUCGGAAUAAGAAGACCACACAUCUCCCAAACUCCAAUGUACCAGCUACGAGGCUGCGUAGCAUGCAAGAGCUCAGUACUAUUCAUAUCCAGUGUGGAGAUCAACCAUCACUAACUACAAGUCGAUCCAGCCUGAACAUGAAGUCAGACGAUGGCUUAAGAUCAAACUGCAAAGCUGCACAGAUCACAACAGCGAUUAUUAGCAUUCCAACGCCCCCAGCUUUGACGCCCGAAGAGUCUGACUUCAAAAGCAGGAGCCACUGCACAUUCUGCAUAAAACAAAAUGUAUGAUGAAAACUUGGGGAUUUCCAAUGGCAAAGCAGUGUUGCUGAGAUUUAUUCAUUUCAAGUAACCUGGAUCUUUGUGCUCAGUGUAUAUACUGUAAAGGUUCCUUGCUGUUUUCACAUAGAUCUCUUGUUGCUCCACCUCAGGUGUUACUGAAACAGUAGACUGAUGACGCUGCAGCGUGCUGGUAUAAACAGACUUUUUAUAGAUUUGUAAGGCUUAGGGAUAGGUAUUAUUGUAUUCAUCCAUACAAAAUAUUUCCCUGCUCUCUAGAUGUCCUUUUAAUUUCACUUGGACUGAUAGGCAAUGCUUUACGUCAACACAGGGUGGCAAGCAACAGUUACCACGAAAAAGCUGACAAACCCUGAUGUUUUAUCUUCUAUAAUGAGUGACUGGAAGACCCGUUUUUGUACUGUUGUUGCCCAUUGGAUGUGUACAUUUUACUUCUAUUAUUACAGUGGCUGCUAAAAGUCCAAUAACCAAGUUUGUUGGUGUCAUUCAGUUUUCUUCCACAUUGUACAGGAAAAUGGCUAUUAGAGAGCAGGGGCAAAAAAUGUGCAGUUAUGUUUCAAAAGACUUUUUACCAAGGUGGAGGUAAAAGACACCUGAAUUACAUGGCAUACACACAACAUUUUCCAGCAUUUAUAGCAAACCACGGACACUACAGCACAUUAGCACUGCAACAUCUCUUCAGCUCCCAAGCUGCAGAAUGCAAGUUACAACAAUCGUAGUGACAAACAAAACCUCAAGUCAGUAGUUGGACCAUGGAAAGGUCAGUUAUGGCCUAGAUAAAGUUACUUAGAUGAUUGAUGUAAAUUCAACAUAUGGCCUUCCAGCUAAUGUGGAACUAUACAUCCCAGCAUGCCCUGCCAGUUUAAGCUGGCUCUAAUAGCAAAACUCUGGCAGGUUAUGCAGGGAUGUGUAGUUCUACAGCAGCUAGAGGGCCGCAUGAAUACCCAUGAUGUAAAGAGUCUUGAAUUAUUAAUAAUACAACAGACUGCGGCAGUAGCCCUGUUGACAGUGCAGCAUGAUGUAUACUAUUUAAAAAGCAAUGUGUUAAUCUGAAAUAGAAGUACCCAUAUACAGUACCUGACUUUGAACAAUAACUGCAGACUAGUGCAAAGUUAUGAUGAAUUAUGUCAGGAUAAUUACACUGGUAAAUUUCUCUUACAGCUGCACUUGCUGAAUCAGAUACUUAGAUACUCUUGCAUCUGCCGGAAAGUGUUCACAGGAUUGUCAUACAUUUAAAUGGACAUUGGGAUUUGAAUGGCAACCGUCAUCACAAUACAGUCUACGCCAGUGAUGGCUAACCUUGACACUCCAGCUGUUGUUGAACUACACAUCCCAGCAUCAAUUUUAGCAUGGCCAAAUAGCAAAACUGAUGCAGGGCAUGCUGGAAUGCGUAGUUCAACAACAGCUGGAGUGUCAAGGUUAGCCAUCACUGCUCUACGCAAUACAUUCUUUUAAUAAUGUCCAUUUAAAUAGACUAGGGGGUCAUAAAGGGUUAAUGGGAUAUAUCAACUUCUAAGUAAUAUUUUGUCCAGUCUAGAAAUAUUACUGAGAAAAUGGGUGUUGCACAGUCCUGUUUUAACUGAAAGACUAUUACCGACAACUUUAACUGCUUUUAUACAUACCUUCAAUUUUUACUAAUACACUGCUUUCUUUCCAUCUUUUGUCUGUGUUGGUCACCUAAAACUUUAUAUCUACUAGGCAGCAGAAAUUAUUUUUGAUAUCUUUGGAUAUGGCAACUGUUCUAUGAACACUAAAAGGCAUAGAGCAGUUGUGUCAUAUUAAAGGCCAACGAAAAUAAUCCUCAGGAUUAAAGCUGCUGGUAAAAAAAACACAGGUCAGUUGUUAAGAUCAAGUAAUGUAUUUAUUAAAAGUUGCAAUAGGGCAUGCACAAGCCAAUAAAUUAAAGUCAUCUAUAGAUGUAAAACCCACUCAAACACUAUUUCAUACUGGUUAUAAUUUCCUGUCAACAAGACAACUUGUUUAAUAAGUAUACUGAUGGUCCAAGAGCUGCAAGGUAACACGGCUACAAAAUGCUGCCCAGUUAAGGAAAUCUAUUUUUCCUCUUACAUCCCCUGUGUAUAUGUCUUGUUUACUUGUCCAUCCACUAAUAGUUGUUUCCAGCUGUACCUGGUUAGAAGCCAGGCUAAACACAAAGACCAACAAGUUCACCAAGCCAACACACAAUAGCAACGUUACUUACUAGGCUAUUCAAAUCAAAGCAGGGAUAUUCUGUAACUAUUUCUCUUUAUGAUUACAGGAAUUUGUUGUGUUUCUUUGCUAUAAACAAUAUGUUUGCUCUUUCCCACAUAGAUAACAAAAAUGAGGCCAUGCUAAUUAUGAUAAUUGUCAAUGGGUGGGUAUGGCCUAUUAGUGAAUUGUUGCUGUCUCCACCAUGUUAAGAUUCUAACUGGCAUACAUCAGGGCAUCGUGUGACAAUCAAAUUGCCACUACUUCAGUUUAAAAUGUCAAGCGGAGGUGUGAAAUGAUGAGCAUCGAUCUACCCUUUUCAGGGAGUACAUUACCAAGACGGGUAAUGGAAUCUCUGCAGCAAGCUUGUUUGUUCCUGUGUGAGUUACUGUAUCAGAUUAAAUUUUCACAAGAAGCAUUCCUUUCUUUUUAUGUGUAAACUUCUCCAGCAAUGAAAGACAUUGAGAGCCAAAGACAUUUGACUGGACUUGACAAGCAGAACAAAAAAUAUAUUAGAACUACAUGUCCCAACAUGCAAUGUGA